AUGGGGACCCUCAGCUGCGACCCAGCGGCCAGGGUGGCCACAAUACCCCUGGCCCGGCGGGUGGCUGAGGAUCACAUUCCAGAGACCGGGCUGAGGAAGUCCUGUGGAAUGGUCACCCUGGAGAAUGGCUCCGGACCUGGUUUGUACGUUCUUCCGUCCACCGUUGGUUAUGUCAACCACGACUGCACCAAGACAGCCAGUCCCGCCUACUCACUGGCUCAGCGGCCCAGUGAAGCACCUCUUCAGGAUUCCAGCCCAGGACCUGUGUAUUUCUUGGACUCCAGAGUUACUCGCUUUGGCCGUAGCUGUCCCCCUGCCUACUCCAUGCAGGGCAGGGGCAAGAUUCGAGGUCUGGAGGUGACACCAGGCCCUGGAGCCUACAGCCCAGAGAAGGCUCCCCCGGUACGCCAGCGGAACCCCCCAGCUUUUACUCUGGGCUCUCGCCUCCGACAGAAGCCCCCGUACGCCUCUUUUCCGGCCCCCAAUGCCUACAGCAUGCCGCCCCUCUGGGGAUCACAGAUCUUUAUCAAACCUAGCAGUCCCAGCUUCACAGUUGUGGGCCGCAGGCCCCCAGCACGCCCCGCUCAGGAUCCCUCAGAGAUUCCAGGCCCUGGGCAGUAUGAGACUCCUGACCCCAACACCUACCGACAGCGUAGGCCGGCCUUCAGCAUACUGGGGAGACCCCGAGCCCCUCGGCCCGUGGAGGAGACACCUGGUCCUGGUACUCACAACCCAGAACAGGUCACCGUGAACCGGGCCCGGGCCCCGGCAUUCUCCAUGGGAAUCCGUCACUCAAAGCGGGUAUCGACAGUGGCAGGGGACACCAAAUGCUGA